AGGGAAUCGCGGUAUGAUUUACUAGUGCCGCUUUACCUUCGAUUCUCGGUCACUUUUUCAGGUGCACGUUCAUUACUUCCACCGAAUCAGUUUUUCUCUCACAAAGGAAACGCUUGCAUCAUCUGAUUCACCGAGCACAUACAUGCCUUAGGGAUGCUGGACUCAGCGGAAAGACCGUCAAGUUUUAAAGUUGAAGAUAACGGCGUUCAAAUUAGCUCGAGUUCAAGUUUACCUGCCUAAAUAGGUUACAUAAAAUUCAUGAAGAUCAAGGAAUUGACUGUUCAUUAAUAUAGGUACGCUUCGGCGUUAAUCCUCGCCUUCCGCGCUCCGAUACUCGGUAGAGCAGCAAAUCUUGUUUCUCUGAGGAAACUGGUCUGUGCACGGACCCAAGCGCGUCUGUAUAAACUGGAGACUGAAUAUUCACUAUUCCCCAGCACUUUCUGUGUCGCCUAGCUAGUCUCAUCACAAUGCGGUUCGCCUCCUCUACCUUCUUCGCAACCAUCGCUACCGUCGCCCUCGCGGUUCAAGGCGUCUCUCUAGUCAACACCCACUUGGACGGCAGGGCAGUCGAGACCGUGGCAUCCCUCUCGGCCAAAAUCAACAAGGACAACUGUUACGGUGCUCCUGUCGCCCCUUGGAAGCCAGGUUGCUCGCCGGGAUGGUACUACGGUGACCAUCCCCCUUCGGGUUCACUCCCUUGUCUCAAGGAUGGCCUCAUCUGUCUCAUCCUCGAGAUCCUAGACCUAGGGUUUCUCUGCCCCCCUCCUCCUCCUCUCCACCCCACGCCUCCAAACAACGGUGGUGGCUAUGAAGAAGUUUUCUCGAAUUAUACCGGCGCUGUCCAAUCGGAGGUCCCGGGGGAUUAUCUGACUUACGGAUUGGUCGACACUGUCCAAGACUGCAUGAUCAUGUGUAACAACAUCAAGGAAUGCUUUUUCUUUAACACCUACCACGAUGUCCACGGAAAGAAUGGAAGCCCUCUCUUGACCUGCUCGCUUUUCUCCAAGUGCCACACUAUCGCAGACGCUGACAACCGUGGAGGACAGACGCAGCCUGAUGGUACCGUUGACUAUAUCACCGACAGUGCAGGGUAUUGCAACGGGACCAUUACUAAGUAUUAGUCGCGCAUAGGACAGACGAUACGUACCUAUUGAGGGUGGGUGGAUGGUAUGCAUGAACGGGACUAUCUGA